AUGAUAUUUCUAGGCAUUCUGUGGAUACUUACCUUCCCUUACAUCUCUAGGAAUGUAUUCACUUCCGAGAACGCCUUGAAUGGUGAAUUCUUAGAGACAAGUUUUGGCAAAGAUGCCUACGGCUACUCGGCUUAUAAGACAAUUCAGGAGUAAUUGAAGUCUAUAGAUCCGAGACAGGGCUACCGAGACUUCAUUCUACAGAGGUUAGCUUCUAAAACAGAGGUGUAUAUAUAGUAGCUCAAGAAUAAGAAGACUUGGUCAGUAGAUGAUGUAAGUUAACUCAGCCAGGGAAAUAAUGUUUAUGCGUAUCUCAGAUCUCCAUAGGGAUAUGGGAAUGAAUGCAAUUUGCUUGCCAUGCCUAUCAACCACAAGCCAUCAGUUGCCAUUGGACUAGCAUUCAUGGAGGUGUUUUUGAAGAACCAGCCUAAGUGGCAGUCAAAAGAUAUACUGGUAUUGUUUUACGAGGAGAACAACUAUGCUUUGAGCGUCAAGGAAUUCCUAGACAGCUAUUUCUACCAGGAGAGCAGUAAGGACUUCUUUUCUAAGAGAAUUGAAGGCAGAUGCGGCUACAUUAGACAGGCAUACACUUUUGUAUUCCAAGAAUACGAAUUCAAUAAGCUAUCUGUGUUUGCGGAUGGAAAGAAUUCUGAGCUGCCUGACAUUGAUUUCUAUGAUACCAGCAUGAAAGUCAUUGGCAAGAAUAAUUUUGCUUAUGAUUUCAGUUUGCCUUACUAUUUCAGGAAAAACCCCUAUAUUGAGAGAGCAAGUUCAUGGGCUUUUAAGAAUAUGAGAGAUUGGUACUUUGAAGCAUUAAAACAGAUUCUACCAUUAUUCAAUUUCCAAGUCAAUACCAAAGGAAGUUUUUUGCAGAUGAUUGAGAGUAUUAAGAAUCAAUACAUAGGCAGACCUCAUAUGCCUCAUACCCACUUCAUAAGUCAUGGCAUUCAUUCAAUGACUAUCAAGGGUACUUAUGAUCCCAAGUAAAAGCAAGCGUUUUCAAAUGAUAGAGAAAGAGUACCCAGCACUCUCGGAUUAUUUGAACACCUAUUCAGAGUUAUUGACUAGCUAGACGAGUAAUUGCACGCAGGUUUUUACUUCUACAUUUUCACCUCAAAGACCACAUUUAUCUCUAAUAACAAUUUCGUCUACCCUAUUGUGCUUAUCCUAGUUGGAUACUUCGUACCUAUUCUGAUUGACAGACUUGAGAAGUAAGAACAUGAUGAAGAGUAUGCAAAGGAUGCUCAGUCGAUGAGAGUCGCCUUGAUCUUCACUCUUCUAACUUAUGCGAUAGGCUACUUUAUUUUGCUACUUCCUGGUUUCUACAUGGAGUUCAAAGGUAUUAACGACCAAGUUAGUGAUCUCUGCUUGGGACCAGAGUCAAUCAAGAGAAAUCUAACUGACUUUAUGCUACUUAGCAUUGCUGGUAUAGUCAUUACUUUCUUGGUAGUCUUUAAGACUCUCUAGCCAAAGAACAUGAAAUACCUUUGGUUUAAUGUAAAGUAUUCUUACUGGCUGUUAAAUCCAGUAUUUUCCGGUUCACUUGUUGUCUAUCAGUUCUCAUAAUCACUACUGCACUGUGUAUUUAUCUUUGCUAUUGUCAGCUAGGCCACUUACAUAGGUUAAGGCAUGAUUAAAUUUCUUAUAUCAGUUGCUAUGAUGGGAGUAAUGAUUGCUUUUGUGGGAUUAACUUUAUUUGGAACUCUGAUUAUUCACAAUGAUGGGAAGACGCCACUAUAGAUUUUAUAAGGUUUAGUUUAAGAAACAAUAUUGGAUUAUCAAUGCGUUGGAAGUAAUGUUUGGAGUUACAUUUGUCUAUUCUACCUGACUAGUUUUAUUAUGAUGGCAAAGAUAAUCACUAAUUGA